UCCACCGAUUUAAACACAGCAGCAAAUCUAGUGGCAAGAAAACCUCUACUCAUUCUCAACGAAACAAAAACCUCAACAAUCCAACGACAUGAUUUCUCUCACCUCCUCAUCGUCAUUUUUCGGCCCAAACGUUGUCGUCGAGGGCCGUCGCAAUCCCCAAUACCCGAGCUUCAGAUCAGUCCGUCCACUGACCAUCUCUGCCUCAUGCGCAUCGACGGUGGAAAGGCCUGGGUCCCACAUUGCGACCGGUACGUCUUCGCUCUACGAGGUCCUGGGGAUUCGGAUGGAGGCCACGUGUCUGGAGAUCAAGACGGCGUACCGCCGAUUGGCUAGGGUUGUUCAUCCUGACGUGGUGGUGGCAAGGGGUCAAAGGGGGCAAGCUUCCGCCGACGAGUUCUUGAAGAUCCACGAAGCUUAUUCCACGCUCUCAGACCCCGAAAAGCGCGCCGAUUACGAUCGUCGGCUGUUCGAGCGACAAUGGCAGGCGAAUUCGCGGUUCACAAUGUCGUCGUCGUCGUCUAAUUCGGGAUUUUCCAGCUUUAGGCCAAGAAAAUGGGAAACAGAUCAAUGCUGGUAGCUAAACUUACUAUAAAUGGUUCCGCCAUAAAGCUACGAACAUUGAUCAUGUGCCACUCCAAGCAAUAUGGCCUCUGUCUUGAAGAAAUUUCAGCUUAUGGAUAUGUAUAUAUACUAGAUUUCCGUGGAUAAAUAUUUAUCCCUUGGUUUUGUUUGUAAAAAUUAAACAGGCGUCAUUUUUACAGCCUGCUCUGCUUUGGGGGAGAAUAUAUAUUGUUUUGUUCAUUUUGCUCA